AUGAAUGCUGACGAGCUGGUUGAUUUCCUUCUUCAAGAUGAUGAUCUUACGGUAGAAGUUCGCUACGAGGAGCCCGACUUCCCGUUCCAAAUCAAAGAACCGCCUAAAGGGACUAGCGCAGCAUCAGAGAAGCUGCGACGCAGCGUCAAACCAGUGUUCACCGAAGUGGACGAAAUUCUGAAGGACCUCGAGCAGCUCAUCGUGCGUCCUAGCACCUGCCAAGCGUACAAUACUCUAAAUGGCGAUGCUUGGAGUAAUACGGAACAGGAGGCUACCGAAAUAAAUAAGGAUGUCAUGUCUCGCAGACGACAUCCUAGGAAGAAAGAUAGGAAUCGACAUGCAGAAAGCUCAGGAGCGAAAAAUGCCCUCGAGGACAAUGUUCGAAACAGGGUGUCCAAAGAAAACGCUGAAUCCAAACAAGAGAACACCACUUCCAGGAAACCAAGGAAAUCUCGUAAAAGGAAUUUGGAAAGGGACCGCAAUCAAAAUGAGACCGAGCCAUUUCUGAUUCCACGGGCGGGAAACAGUUUAAAGACUUCGCGCAAGAACGAACAUAAAACGGUGACAUCUGAUAAAGAGCAAGUAGAUAUAAAACAGCGUUCUGAUAGGGACACAAAGGAAGAUCCACGCCAGCAUCAAGAGGACUACCUUUCGAAGAAGCGGUCGAAGAAGAAAAAGAACCGUCAAAACGCUGCACCUGAAUCGUUUCUUUCAGAGGAAGUGCUGAUUGAAGAGGUCACAGAACUUCUCGAAAUGGAACGCACUAGAAAUGAACAUGAAGGGACAAAAAAAGGUAAUGCUGAAAAUAGGACCAGGAAAUCUGUCUCGAGGUUUCAAGCACCGCUGGAGGGAUCCAAGAAUCACUCGUCGAAGAAGCAGUCCAAGAAGAGAAUAACCCGUCAAAAAAAUGCAGAAAAGUUGAACAACGACGGCUCUACUCAGGUAACGGCGGAAGAUCCAAAAGACGACCGCUUACAGCAGGUCGGUAACCAGCAGAAAGCAUUGGAUUCAAAAGAAUGA